AUGGGUGCAUUUGGUGGACUAUUUAUGUAUGAUAAGGGUUGUGUCAUUUCAAUGCCCAUUAUCAUUCUCGUUGCGUGUGAAUCCAUUUCUUAUAUUGUUGUUACUGUUGUACUAUUAAUUUUGAGUUUUAGAAUUGAAAAGGAUACAUGGUUUAUCAAACGCGAAACAUUGGUUUUAGUAGUUUUUCAAUUUUCUGCAAUCAUACUAUUUGCCAUAUUUGGAUCAAUUCCAAUAUUUACGAAAUUUCUCGAUUACUAUAUACCCUAUGGUUUUACACUCUUAACAUAUUCCUUUUUGGAGGUUAUUUUAUGUGUAUUGAUGCCAAUUAUCUAUCAAUUUGUUUUAGAUAAGAAGCAACAAUUGGUCAUGCAAAAUGAAAAACACUUGGAAGAGACAUUACUGGUUCAAUUUUUAAAGAACAGAAAAACUUUUGAAUUAUUACUUGAUUUUGCAAAGAGAUCCUAUUGUCCUGAGAGUGUGUUGUGUUACAAGGACAUUGAAAGAUUCAAAUCAUCUUUGAAACAUCGAAAAAGUAUUUCACUUCACAUUUUGAAAACUUAUUUGAAACCAAAUUCACCUUUGGAAUUGAAUGUUCCAAAAAUUUCACAAAUUCAUGAUGAAAUUCAGAAAGUAAUUACCGAGUCAACACCCACCAACAUUCCACCAAAUUUAUUCGAUCACAUUCAAUUGCACUGUUUGCAUGACAUGACCGAUGUUUUUGAACGACUGAAAAUCCACCAUAAGGAAGCUCGUAAAAUCCUUCAAGAAUGGAAAGAGAAUAUUCCUCCCUCAAUCAGCAACACUAUUGUGGUUUCAGCAAGCGAGCCAAUCCUAUACUCAACCUUCUGA